AGUAUCGAGUAUGUACUUGUAUUUACUCAUAUGGUUUCAUACCUAUAUUUACAAUUUAUACAUUUAUUGGUGUGUAUAUUUAUACUUUUUCAUUCCAAUAAAGCGGGCAUAGUUAUGCUUCGAGUUACUUUCGUGUUGUUUUGCCUUCUUUGCUAUGUAAACCGUGUACGAGCGGACUGUGCUUGCAACAAAGGCGUGGAUCGAGAGUCGGACAAAUCAAGCAAUUCAGCCAUAGAAACCAAACAAUUUCCGGUUUGCCAUCAAAUCGAAAAGGACAACAAUCACUGCCGUAAUUAUUACCCAGAAGAUCCCUUAAUGUCCGUCAUACCGGCCGGAAGUUUUCUUAUCGGGACUGAUGAACCACAUUUCGUUAGCGAUGGCGAGUCGCCGGAGCGUGUUGUUAUUAUAUCAGAUUUCUAUAUUGACAAAUACGAAGUAUCUAAUACCAAAUUUAUGGACUUUGUUAAGUCUACGAAUUAUACUACUGAAGCAGAGAGAUUCGGGGAUAGCUUCUUAUUUAAGUCUCUUCUAACAUCAGAUAUGCAAAAGAUGUACGAAGACUUUCGUGUUGCGAGCGCACCAUGGUGGUACAAAGUCAAAGGAGUUUCAUGGCGGCAUCCACAAGGUCCGCAAAGCACCAUCAACGAUAAAAUAUAUGGAGGAAAAGGAGAACGCAAAAGCUGUCAAAGCGUUUAUUGUAGCAUACCUUCUGCGUUUCACGCUUUGUUGUCAAAGUUUGAACUGUCAAGCAAAGCGAGGAAAGUUGUAUGUGAAUGGCCCUUAAGGCGCUUGGCGUUUUGAUAUCGGUAUUUGUUU